AUGCUGAUUAUCAAGGACCUCAGGAAAAUCAACAAUCGCUGGACGACGCCUCCCCCCGGAACAUUUCGCGCACGGCCCGGUGUUAUCGUCAUGAAGUUUGGCGAGCAGCUGCGUUCCAGCGUCAUCCGCGAGUACCAAUGGUACUACAUUGACUACAAUGGCCUCAAGUCGGAGCUCAAGAACAGCACCGGCCCAGCCCCGGCCGACGGUGUCGGCCCCAACCAGUGGUCCGAGGACGACGAGACGCGCUUCGUAGGCCGCCUCGAGACCGAGUUGGAAAAGGUCCACACCAAGCAGCAGGUCAAGGCCAUGGAAAUUUCCCGCCGCAUCGCCGUCUCCGAACGCGAGGUCCGCGACGUCGUCAACCGCCUCCAGGAGCGAGGCCUCAGCGAGGAGGGCCCCAGCGAGGAGGAGUUUAUCCUGCUUGAGGAGGAUCUGUCCGAUAUUAUUGCCGAUGUCCACGACCUUGCCAAGUUUGUCCAGCUCAACUACACUGGCUUCUACAAAAUCAUCAAGAAGCACGAUAAGCAAACCGGCUGGCAUCUGCGACCCGCGUUCGACACCCGACUCAAGGCCAAGCCCUUCUACAAGGAAAACUACGACGCCUCCGUCAUCAAGCUGUCCAAGCUCUACGAUCUCGUCCGAACCCGAGGUAACCCCGUCAAGGGCGAUUCUGCCGCUGGUGGCUCCCAAGCCAGCUUCGUCCGACAGACCACCAAAUACUGGGUUCACCCAGACAACGUGACUGAGCUCAAGCUCAUCAUCCUCAAGCACUUGCCCGUCCUCGUCUUCAACGCCAGCAAGGAGUUUGACCCCCAGGAUUCUGCCAUUACCUCCAUCUACUACGACAACCCUGACACAUGGGAUCUCUACGAGGGCCGUCUGAAGAAGACGGAAGGUGCCGAGGCCAUCCGUCUCCGCUGGUAUGGCGGCAUGCAGAGCGAGACCAUCUUCGUCGAGCGCAAGACUCACCGUGAGGACUGGACCGGCGAAAAGUCCGUCAAGGCUCGUUUUGCUCUCAAGGAGAAGAAUGUCAAUUCCUACCUACGAGGCGAGCUGCUCCCCGGCGCCAUCUUUGAAAAGGCGCGCAAGGAGGGCAAAAAGUCGGAAAAGGCCAUCGCUGAGGACGAGCGCCUUGCUUCUGAGGUGCAGUACUCGGUGCUGAAGAAGGGCUACAAGCCCGUCUGCCGCUCCUUCUACAAUCGCACGGCCUUCCAGCUGCCUGCAGAUGCUCGUGUCCGUAUUUCGCUCGAUACCGAGCUCACUAUGGUCCGCGAAGACAACCUGGAUGGCCGGGCCCGCUGCGGCGACAACUGGAGACGUAUGGAUAUUGGCAUCGACUACCCAUUCUCUCAGCUGCCCCCGGAGGACGUUGUCCGAUUCCCGUACGCCGUCCUUGAGGUGAAGCUUCAGACCCAGAUGGGCCAGGAGCCGCCCGAGUGGGUUCGCCAGCUCAUUUCAUCGCACCUGGUCGAGGCCGUGCCCAAGUUCUCCAAGUUCAUCCACGGCUGUGCCUGCUUGUUCCCUGACCGUAUCAACCUACUUCCCUUUUGGAUGCCCCAAAUGGACGUCGAUAUCCGCAAGCCUCACACGCACGACUUUGGAAUUCACAGGGCCGCGCUCUCUGGGACGACGACGACUUCUGACGACGACGAAGAGGACUAUGAUUCCGACGAGGAGGAUGCUGUCAGGCCCUAUACAAGUGCCGGGCGGCCAUUCUCCUCCCAGCGGUCCCGACGCGGAAUGGCUACCGAUAUGGAGGGUCAGACGGUGGACAUGCCCACGGCGAGCGAGGACUUCCCCAUCUACGACUCGGAUGAAGAGUACGAUGAAAACUACGAGCUGGAGGAGGCUCGACGAGUCGGCGGCUGGCACUACUACUCGACGCUGUUCGCCACCAAAGGCCAUGCUUGGGGUCAGGCGGCGCUCAGCGCGCUGUGGGCGAUCGUACCCCGGCCGCGCAGCACGCAGGUGUCGCGCAGCGCGCGCCAGCAGAUGCUGUUCGGCGAUCAGCCGGUGCAGUCCAAGAAGUUCCGCGCGCCCAAGGGCAAGAAGAUUUACGUGCCCGUGCGCGUCGAGCCCAAGGUCUUCUUCGCCGCCGAGCGCACCUUUCUCGGCUGGCUCGAGUACUCCAUCUACAUCGGCACCAUCGCCAUGACCCUGCUCAACCUCAAGAGCCACCCGACCCCGGCGUCGUUCUGGGUCGCCGCCAUCUUCACCCUCCUCGCCCUUCUCAGCCUGCUCUACUCAGUCGCCGUCUACCUCUACCGCAGCGAGGCGAUCCGCAACCGCCGCGCUGCCCGCUACUUUGACAAGUGGGGGCCGAGUGUGCUCUGCGUCUCCCUGUUCGUGGCCGUCGCGCUCAACUUUGCCUUUGAGGGUCGUGAGCGGGCCAUUUGGUGA